GAAUCUCCCCUCUACCUAUUCUGGGACAAAUAGGAUUGCAGCAAAAAUUGGAGGUGAUGGAGGGACAUCAAUGAACUCAAAUGACUAUAGUUAUGGAGGACAAAAAAGACCUCUUGAGGAUGGAGAUGGCUCUUGGACAAGUCCGAGCAGUACAACACACUGGGAGGGAAUGCCCUCUCCUUUUAAAGAUCAACCAGAUGCUAAGAAAGUUGCUCCUCAGAACGACUCUUUUGGAACUCAGCUACCCCCAAUGCACCAGCAACAAAGGUCUGUAAUGACAGAGGAGUACAAAGUUCCAGAUGGAAUGGUUGGAUUCAUAAUUGGCAGAGGAGGAGAACAAAUUUCACGCAUACAGCAAGAAUCUGGAUGCAAAAUACAGAUUGCUCCUGAUAGCGGUGGCUUGCCUGAAAGAUCUUGCAUGUUAACUGGAACACCUGAAUCUGUUCAGUCUGCAAAGAGACUUCUUGACCAGAUAGUUGAAAAGGGAAGACCUACACCUGGAUUUCAUCAUGGUGAUGGACCGGGAAAUGCUGUACAAGAAAUUAUGAUUCCAGCUAGUAAAGCAGGAUUAGUUAUUGGAAAAGGUGGCGAGACCAUUAAGCAACUUCAGGAACGAGCAGGAGUCAAAAUGGUCAUGAUUCAAGAUGGACCACAGAACACUGGUGCAGACAAACCUCUUAGGAUUACAGGAGACCCGUACAAAGUUCAACAAGCCAAGGAGAUGGUGUUGGAGUUGAUUCGUGAUCAAGGUGGCUUUAGAGAGGCACGCAAUGAAUAUGGAUCAAGAAUAGGAGGAAAUGAAGGGAUAGAUGUUCCAAUACCUCGAUUUGCUGUUGGUAUUGUAAUUGGAAGAAAUGGAGAGAUGAUCAAAAAGAUUCAAAAUGAUGCUGGAGUUAGAAUUCAAUUUAAGCCAGAUGAUGGAACAACUCCAGAUAGAAUAGCCCAAAUUACAGGACCUCCAGACAGAUGUCAACAUGCUGCAGAAAUUAUUACAGACCUCCUUCGAAGCGUCCAGGCUGGUAAUCCUGGUGGUCCAGGGCCUGGUGGUCGAGGAAGAGGAAGAGGUCAAGGCAACUGGAACAUGGGGCCACCUGGUGGAUUACAGGAAUUCAAUUUUAUUGUACCCACUGGAAAAACUGGAUUAAUCAUUGGAAAAGGUGGUGAAACUAUCAAAAGCAUAAGUCAGCAAUCUGGAGCUAGAAUAGAACUUCAGAGAAAUCCUCCACCAAAUGCAGACCCUAACAUGAAGUUAUUUACUAUCCGUGGGACGCCACAGCAAAUUGAUUAUGCUCGACAACUUAUAGAAGAAAAGAUUGGAGGUCCAGUAAAUCCUUUGGGUCCACCUGUUCCCCAUGGGCCCCAUGGUGUUGUUCCUGGCCCACAUGGACCUCCUGGGCCACCAGGUCCUGGCAAUCCUAUGGGACCUUAUAAUCCUGCUCCUUAUAAUCCAGGGCCUCCUGGUCCCGCACCUCAUGGCCCUCCAGCCCCAUAUGCUCCACAAGGAUGGGGAAAUGCUUAUCCACACUGGCAGCCACCAAAUCCACCAGAUCCAGGUAAACCAGGAACAGACCCCAAUUCAGCAGCAUGGGCAGCUUAUUAUGCUCACUACUAUCAGCAGCAAGCUCAGCCACCACCUGCAGCCCCUCCUGCUGGACCACCUACGACUCAAACUAAUGGACAAGGAGAUCAACCAAAUCCAGCACCAGCAGGCCAGGUUGAUUACACCAAAGCUUGGGAGGAAUACUACAAAAAAAUGGGUCAACAAGGGCAGCCACAAGAUUAUUCAAAGGCUUGGGAGGAAUAUUACAAGAAGCAAGGUCAAGCAGUUCCAGCUCCAGCUGGGGCCCCACCAGGUCAGCCUGAUUAUAGUGCAGCAUGGGCUGAAUACUACAGACAGCAAGCAGCAUAUUAUGCCCAAACAAGUCCACAGGGAAUGCCACAGCAUCCUCCUGCACCACAGUGCCUUCCCAGACCUUCCACCUUAGGUUCUGCUGCAAAAAGCAACAGUGCUGAAGAUGCUGCAAGCACCAAAUCAUAGCUCAUAAAAUCAGGUCCUGAGAUAGUUACUACCAAUAAAGAGGAAUCCUUUGAGUGUAUGCCAUUGGUGAGCCGAUGAGCACGGACCAUAGAAGGGGUCCAUUAGAAGGUAAAAUUGGCAAAACAGAUUUGAAAUGUAUCCCAUACAUAAUGGUGUAGGGUAUAAUUUUUGUUUGAUCACUUUUUGUUCUCUCUAGUGCUAUUUGCUUAACCAUAAAUGUUCAAUAAUCUGUUUUAGUUUAAAAAACUGUGGCUAAUAAUAUUAAACUAUUUUAAUUUAUAUUCUUCUAAGCAGUCAAGCUUAGAUAUGUUUACCUUCUGAAAUUAGUAGUUGCACUUAAUUCCCUCAAGCCACUUCAUUUUUGUUUACUUGUAGUUUGAUAUGUAACUCACAUUUAUUUUUCACAUGAGAACUACCUAUGUACUCUAGUGGAGUUUAAAUCCUAAGAAUUUAUUUGUCUGGGAUGGGAUUUCCAUUUCACUUCCUUAAACAUGCUGCUUUUUUAAUUUCACUGUUACAUAAUAAAUAUUGUAGUAAUUAAAAUCUUCAAUUGAGUAUAUUUAGGAAGGAGGAAAUACAAAUGACAGGCCAGUUAUUUGGAUUGAUUGAUGGGGGGAGGGGUGUGAAGUCACAGUGUCUUCAGUUUAGUGUUUGUGGAUAUUUUCAGCAGGGACAGAAAAUAAUUAAAUUACAAGAAUCUCAUUCAUGUCUUAGCAAGGAUUGUUUUUGUGGUAUGGUAGAAAAGUAAUUGAACUUUCCAAAAUGAAGUUAAAUAAAUGGAUCUUGAUUUGAUAGAACCACCCAAAUGAAAUAGGAAGUUCAGAGUUCUUCAGUUUUCAAAGGGAAAUAGGGGAAGUGUAAUGUUUAAUGUAGUAGUAAGCAUUUACAGAUCACUUUCUCCAGUCUAUACUGUAGAACAUGGCACGGAAUAGUCAGCUGGAAGUAUAACUACUUCAUUUAGAAGUAUCAUAUAGUGUACUUUGUCCAGGCAGGUUGUUAAUAUUCACUGCACAGCCUAUCUUAUGUGAAAUCUUCUAUAAAAGUAUUUUAUUGGAUGCUAGAAACUAUUUUUCUCCUCAUGAAAUAGCUUUUCUCUGUUUUCUUUGCAUGUUGUAAAUUGGCAACAUUUGGGCCUUACAGUAAGCACAGUUGGACAGGGUUUCCCUCUUCCCUAGUAAUACCCUAUAAAACUCUCAUGUAUAUGCACAUAUUUCUCUUAUGCAUGUGAGAUGCAUUUUCGUCCUGAGAAAAGUGUUCUCUACAGAAACUACCCGUGUGUAAAAAGAAGAUUGGCUUUAUAAGGCUACUGUGAUGGGAAGUGUCUUAGGGACAUGCAGCUUGGACUUGAGGUAAAUUGAAUGCUUUACAAAAUGUGGUUUUGAGUUUGCAUUAUUGACAUUGUAUGUAAUAUGGGUACACAUUAACUGUAUAACAUUUUUGUAUGGUUUUCUCAAUAAAUGUAAAAUGAUGGAUAAUACAAAAU